AACAAGAUUGUAGCAGACACGACGAAGAACCAGGAUGAGUGCUUCUCAAUCAAAAAAUCGAACCAACCAGGAAGAAGAGGAUAUACCACCGAUCAGUCCACUACUCGAACCAUCCUACCAAUAUCCAUCGAGAGAUAACCAAAUCAGAGAAUUCGACUAUGGUGACAGGGAGGAUGUCUUAGCAGAAGCAGAAGAACUCGAUUCAACGAACUCGCACUAUCCACCCUCCUCAAAACGCUCAGCUAAUAAUAAUAACCAUCAUCAUAAUCGAACAACAACUAAAACCAUUAUCAAUGCAUUAUCUCUAGGUCUUCGGAAACAUCGUACUAAGUUUCGUCUGCUCGUCGUCUUCUUGACUCUUUGGCCGCUACUCUGUUGGACGGGAAUCUUCCUUCUAUUCUCCGACCAUCCGGCGCUAUUCCCCAGCUCAUUAAGAGGCUCGAAAUCCACCCUGUUCGUUGUUGCCCAUCCGGACGAUGAAUGUUUAUUCUUUGCGCCCUCGAUCCUUGCUACCGUCCAACGAGCCAAAUCCCAUGGCGCACUACUUGUCAUGAGUUCGGGGAACCAUUACGGACAGGGUGGUCUACGGAGGAAAGAGCUCUUGGGAAGUUGUAAACAACUCGGAAUUCGAGAAGAUCGCUGUGAUGUCUUAGAUAUUUCGCAGAUACAAGACGAUCCAAUCAUAUGGUGGCCAGUGGAUAGGAUUGGGAAACUGGUCAAUGAACACAUCGAACGUUGGAUGAUUGAUAGUAUCGUCACUUUUGACGAUUAUGGUGUCAGUGGACACAUCAACCAUCGUGCAGUAUCAGCAUCAGUCACAGAACUAGCUAUUUCACUAUACAAAAAAUCGGUUGCUCCGAACCACAGCUCGACCAAAUCACCCAAACUAUACAGAGUCAAAUCGGUGUUUGUGCUAAGGAAAUACAUUGGCUUAUUCGACCUGCCACUCUCAUUUAUUAGAUUGAUACCAUCGAUCAUCUUCGGCCCUUCUCAGCAAAUCAACUCGGCUCUACAAUCGCUCACUUAUGACCCGAAGACUGAACAGACUACCCAGGAGAGUGAACGUCAAAGGCGCGCGGUCACAACUACCUUUGAAAAAGGGCUGUUGAUUAGUGGCUUGAGUGGCUAUCGUUCCGCUAGGAAUGCAUUUUGGAGUCACCAAUCUCAGAUGGUAUGGGACCGUCAUCUUUACAUGAUACUCUCUCAAUUUAUGUACUUCAAUACCAUCGAAAGAAUCGUUUGAUAAUCCAUCCUAUCGGACCUGAAUUUUACCCCGCUUCCCCUCCCCACCUUCUCAAACAAGAUUAAUCAAAACUCUAUCAGCAUCAGCUCUCUCUAACUAUGAAUCAUUGUUCAUUUACAUGAACCUGACAACUAUUGUAGAUAAACAGCAUUUCACUUCCUUAAGUAUUGUAAAUACAUACCUGCUGUAUAUUUAGUUUUCCACGCAUAUCAGGAUUUGUUUUGUUUUUUCACAACUAAUAGAAUGAAUGGAAGAUUGUGUGAAUGUGGCUUGGAUUUGUCCCUAUUUGUCCAUCACUGUAUAUUCUUAGUUUUCUGUGGUGAUGUGUAUUCUUGGCCUUGCACAAAUUCCAGUCAAGGACCUUGGUUAUUAUACUGAGUGUCUCACAUCAUGCCCAGUUCUCCAAUCACAGUUGCACUGU